ACAAAAGCCACCGGCGCACGAAGUCGGGCUUAAACGGGUUCAGUCAGCCAAAAGUAAAAGUUACCAGCCCGAGUGUGAGUGCAAUUGUGCGAUAAUGAGCGUAAUUGCACUAUUGCUCAAGGCUUUGUUGGUUGUAAUCGGAUUGGCCGUACUUUUUGGACCAGGAAGAGUGGCUGCCUACGAUCCCAAUGAUCCCAAAAUAGCCGAGUGCUGCCUGCCGCCGGAGGGGAUGUUCGAGGCGUUUUAUCCCCGCGAGGUGGAGGGAAUCCCCAAUAGCGCAUCGCGACCAGCACACGGACAUGGCAGCUUCUUCAAGCACCGGAACCCAGCACUGGUGGACACCAAGAACGCGGCGGCCUAUGGCUAUAGGUUCGACGGCAAGAGGCGUUUCAACUUCGAUUAAUUCCGGCCACAAAAUCUGUAUUAUUCGCAAAUAAAGUCCCUUUCUGAAAACGAAAA